CGGUGUCAGGUUUUGUACAAUUUUGGCUCGAUCUAGUUGUUAAAUAGCGUUUUCGAAGCGAAACCCUAUCGGUAAAUAGUGCUUGUGGUGUGGUAUUUGGUGCAUUCGCUGCUGCAGAUCCUGGUCAUCAGUUGUUCGGCUGCUAAUGGCUAUGCUGGAAGGCACACUGUCCAAGUGGACAAAUGUUAUGAAAGGCUGGCAGUAUCGCUGGUUUGUGCUGGAUGAGUAUGCUGGACUGCUGUCCUACUAUACGUCGAAGGAAAAAAUGAUGAAAGGUGUUCGGAGAGGCUGCGUCCGUUUGAAGGGUGCCGUCAUAGGAAUAGAUGACCAGGACGUUAACACCUUCACUAUCACUGUCGACCAUAAAACGUUCCAUUUUCAGGCCCGUGAUGCCGACGAGCGGGAAAAGUGGGUACGCAGGCUGGAGGACACGAUUUUACGACACGCAAACCGAAGUAGAGCCUUGUGGGAACAGCAGUACAGCAGUCCGGGUAGUGGGAGCAAUUCACACGGAACUCCUAGUUCCAGCGCUAGACGAACCACCACUUUGGCACUGUUCGACGGAAAAGUCAGCGAAGCGGACGCUUAUCUGCAGCUUAUGAUCGAGCAGACAACGAAAAUUGACAGCAGGAUACAGACGCUAGGAGAAUGCGAGGAAGCUGAGGGCUUGAAAACGAUAUAUGAACACGCAAACGCCAUGCUAGACAACAUCAAGCAUUCCAUUGUUCUACUGCAAAUAACAAAGAACACGGCUAAUCCCAUCAAUGGCAUCUAUCAGGGCCCGAUCGUCAGCAAGUCGGAAACGGAAACUGAGGCGAGCGACACCGACUUUGCGGCCGUCGCGACGCCGGCCUCGAUUCAGACUGGCAUCGAGGUGGGAUCCGAAUGUCGAGAAAACCGGCGACGAAGCAACUUGGCCCACUCUUCGAUUACUGUUCCGGAGACUUCCUACUCGAGCUCGGAAGGAGAGGACGACUUCUUCGACGCAAACGAUGAUCCAUUCAACUCUAGUCAACUGAACACACCAACAAGCAACACCCGCACUCUCUCGGACCCUGCUGCUCGGCUUUCGACCGAUGAGCAUUUUGUCACCGCCGAAGACAACACCAGUAACAGUGUCUCGCUCAAAAAGCAGGACAGCCAAGACACAUCCGCCGCGUCCGCCGUUCCGAACGAUGUCGGCCGCCUCGGAGCGCGCAAAUCAUAUGAUUCCAAAUCGCUGCCAAUACGAAACGAUGGAAGCCUGGACUACGAUGCCUUAUACGAAGACGAAUCGGACAACGAUCUAUCGAUGGAAUCGCACGGUUCCGUGGUUACCCAUCUGCUUUCCCAGGUGAAGAUCGGCAUGGACCUGACGAAGGUUGUCCUGCCGACGUUCAUCCUGGAGCGGCGGUCCCUGCUGGAAAUGUACGCCGAUUACUUCGCCCAUCCGGAUCUGUUUCUGCGGAUCGCCGACCUCAAGGAGCCUCGCGAGCGAAUGAUACAGGUCGUCCGCUGGUACCUCAGCGCGUACCACGCCGGUCGAAAAAGUUCCGUCGCGAAAAAGCCCUACAAUCCCAUACUGGGCGAAAUAUUCCAGUGCCACUGGGAUACACCCGACAUGCCAACGGGAGACGAUAACUCCAACAUAGAAGUAAGGGAAGGACCAGUGCCGUGGUGUCGUAAAGACCAACUAACAUUUAUUGCCGAGCAAGUCUCGCAUCAUCCACCAAUUUCAGCGUUCUAUGCUGAACACUACAACAAGAAAAUCAGCUUUUCGGCCCAUGUGUGGACGAAAUCGAAAUUCCUAGGCCUAUCGAUCGGUGUACACAACAUCGGACAGGGAACGGUGACGCUCUGCGAUCUCAACGAGGAAUACAUAGUGACCUUUCCGAACGGCUACGGACGGUCGAUUCUGACGGUGCCAUGGAUAGAGCUCGGUGGUACUGUAACAAUCACAUGUCCGCAGACAGGAUAUCACGCUGACAUCGAUUUCCUGACAAAGCCAUUCUAUGGCGGAAAGCGUAAUAGGAUUCAGGGUGAGAUCUACGCACCCAGUGACAAAAAGUCCUUCGUCUCGAUAUCCGGCGAAUGGAGUGGCCUAAUGGAGUACAAAUUCAACGACGGAAGCAAGCCAUCCAAGUUCGAGACCUUUGUCGAUGUAAACAGCAUACCGAUAUUUAAGAAAAAGGUCCGCCCAGUAGCAGAACAGUCCGACAUGGAGUCUCGAAAAGUAUGGAAAGAGGUCACGGCCGGACUAAAGAUGAACGACAUCGAUAAAGCAACGAAUGCAAAGUUUCAGGUUGAACAAAAACAGCGUGUCGAAGCGCGCGAGCGGAAGGAAACCAGCGGUGAAUGGGAAAAUAAGUAUUUCAAAGCAGUUGGAGAUUCCUGGAUCUACAACAAUCCGUUACUACAUAGACUUACGCUGGAAAGACGCGACAGCAAAAGAUAGCAAUCUAAUACUGGGAACUAUUCUAGCGGAGAUAGGCAGUAAAGAUGGGGUGCAUUAGUCUCACAUGCUAUUUCGAAUAAGUAUUUAUAGGUACGAGCCAGAAAUUAUUGAGUCGCAAUCAAACUUUAGCGAAAGUCGUGAGAUUCACAGCCUUUAGCAUACAUUGCUCGAAGCAUAUUUUUUGCAUAUAACAGUUUAUCUGAAGUUAUUAAAUAAACUUUGAUAUGCAUUUAACAAACGGUAACCUUAUACACUCAUCUGUUCCUUUUAUCUUCAAGCCUUUGUAACAAAAUUUUUGCGGAUUUUAUGGCACUACUUCAGUUGUACAUAGUAAAUGCAACAUUUGCUCAGUUUGGGAAAUCACACAUUUUGUAUUAAAUGCGGAAAUGUAUUAAUUUCAACUUGAACGGGCCAUCUUAAAUUAACGUAUUUUUCUGACAACAGCGUCAGCGUACGCUUGAUAUCCUCAGAACGACCAUUAUUGAUCUCUUCGGGAAACAUUUUCAUGGUGAUAUUUUUAAGCAUUUCGAAGUUUCUUACGACCAGCAACUCUUCCACUAGUUCGUUAAACAACAGAUAGAAAUUCACACUGCACAACGUUCAAGCCGACUUUUACAGACGAAGGAAAAACAUGUUUGUGAUAUUGCACAAAAUAAAAAUUACACUGUUUUAUAUGCAACAAAAAAGUUACAUAGCAAUUUUCUUCACUUGAAAAAUAUAUAUUUACUAAAGUAAACGCUUGGUAUCUAGAAAAGGAAAAUCCUUUCUACAUGUAGCGAAUAAACAACUUAACCUAACUCAUGCAGAUUGAUUGAAAAUCAAGCAAGCAAAUUAAAUUAAAACUCCUCCUUAGCGAUCCGACUAGAAAAACAUGUUAACACAAUUUUUCAAUAACGAAAAGCAACAUGAGUAACAUUUGAGAAGAAAGAAGGGAGCAUGCUG